AUCACGGCGACCCGUCCCACAAGAGCUCUCACCAACGGGUAAAGCAGAAGCUAGCGGCAGCAACCACAGAAAGCCCUUCAUCCAGCAAAUCUCUGCUCGGUGACUCGUUCCCGGGCUGUUCUAGCUGCCGCCACCCUGGAUCCCGAGCGCAAACCGCUGCUGGACGAGCCAGCCUCACGACGCACAGGCGCACCCAGACCUGGACAUGCUUCCUUGCCCCCACGUCAUACAGGCGGGGAUGCUGCUAACCGCAACUACCAAGCCGUCGCCUCAAGCUCGCGCUCCCACAGCUUCAUAAACGCCCCUCUCGCUACCUCGAGACAGGUCCACUCCAGCGACGACGCUCCUCUUUUCAACAGCGCACUCAUGGAGAAGGUCAAGCAGUCCAAGGCCGCCCUCUGGGCCGACAAGCUCGCCGUCGAGAGCGAGCCGGGCCUUACUACCGCCCAGCUCAUGCUCUUCAAUCACGACUUGAAGCCCGUCGAGCAGGCGCGCCGCCAGUGGGGAGCAUGGAACUUUGUAGGCUUCUGGGUCGCUGACUCGUUCAACAUCAACACUUGGAUGAUUUCCUCGUCCAACAUCGCCGAUGGCCUGUCCUGGUGGCAAUCGUGGAUAUGCGUUUGGCUCGGCUACUCCAUCGCCGCGUGCUUCGUCUGCCUUACCGGCCGCAUUGGCGCCAUGUACCACAUCUCCUUCCCCGUCGUCUCGCGCUCCUCCUUCGGCAUCUGGGGCGCGCUAUGGCCCGUCUUCAAUCGAGCGGCCAUGGCCUGCAUCUGGUACGGCGUACAGGCUUGGAUUGGAGGCACCUGCGUGUACCUGAUGAUCCGCAGCAUCUGGAACAGCUGGCGCGAUGAAGACACCCAAGGCCCUGGCGGCAUUAAGAACGGCAUCCCCGGCUCUGGCACUAACACCGUCGCCUUCGCCUCCUUCUUCCUCUUCUGGCUCGGCUCGCUCCCUGCCAUCUGGUUCCCCGUGCACAAGAUCCGCCACCUCUUCACCGUGAAGGCGUACUUCGUGCCGACCGCCGGCGUCGCCUUCUUCAUCUGGGCCGUCGUGCGCGCAAAGGGCAUCGGCCCCAUCGUCAAGCAGCCCGGCUUCGCAAAAGGCUCCACCCUCGCCUGGCUCAUGGUCCGCGGCGUCAUGAGCGCCAUCGCCAACUUCGCUACCCUCAUCGUCAACGACCCCGAUUUCGCGCGUUUCGCGCGCAAGCCCCGCGACGCGCUGUGGUCGCAGCUGUUCACCAUUCCGCUGGGCUUCGCCAUCACCUCCUUCAUCGGCAUCAUCGUCUCCUCGUCCUCAACCGUCAUCUUCGGCGGAGAACCAAUCUGGAACCCGCUGGAUCUCCUCGAAAGCUUCCUAAACGAAGACAACGGCCGCGGCCAACGCUUCGGCGUCUUCAUGAUCGCGGCAGCCUUCACGCUCGCCCAGCUCGGCACAAACAUCGCCGCCAACAGCGUCUCCGCGGGCACCGACAUGACAGCCCUCGCGCCCCGCUGGAUCAACAUCCGCCGCGGCGGCUACGUCUGCGCGCUUGUCGGCCUCGUCAUGUGCCCCUGGAACCUGCUGUCAACCACCAACAACUUCACGACGUAUCUCUCCGCGUACUCUGUCUUCCUGUCCUCCAUCGCCGGUGUCAUGAUCUGCGACUACUACUUCGUGCGCAAGGGGUACCUGCAGAUCCGGGACCUGUACUCGGGCAAGAAGACGGGGCCGUAUUUCUUCACGUGGGGCUUUGGCCUGCGCGCAUACGCCGCCUACAUCGCGGGCAUUCUCAUCAACGUCGUGGGUUUCGCUGGCGCAAUCGGACGUGAAGUCCCCGUUGGCGCGCGCCACAUCUACGAUCUCAAUUUCUUCGCCGGCUUCAUUGUCGCCGCGUCCGUUUAUUAUGUGCUGUGCAGGAUUUGGCCCCUCGAUGCGGUUAGCAAGACGUGGCUCGAGGUAGGCGGUGAGAUCGACGAUAUCCACGUUGCGUACGACGCGAGCGAUAACGAGGCUAACUACGACGAGGAGGUCAUGGCCGGCGGGAACGGGAAGGAUCCUGUUGAUGAGGUUCAGUCCAAGCACUUUUGACAGCGUCUCGGCUCGCUGUUUGGCUUUGGCAGGCGUGAUGCGUCGUACACAUACCGCCGGAUUGGGGACGACUCGUAUGCGCUGCAUGAAUUGGAGAGGGAAUUGUGAUUGUACGCAUGUGACUUGCUUUGGCCAUGUUAGAUUAGAGAUACCAGGCCCUUCCUUGGGCCAGCUGCUGCGCUGUCGCUACUCGCAAUUGAUCUUCUACGACCGCAUUGAUGUUGUCAUGGUUCUAGUAAAGGUACUGUUGAUAUCAUCCGGGUUCUCAUCCUUAUCAUGUUGAAGCGCAAUAUUAGUGAGAGAUAGCAGGUACCACGGCACAACAAAUGAGCCAUCCCGUGGCUGGGAGAAACGUGAUCCGGAUGAUUGGAAGUUGGGAACGGUCGCUUGCCGA